AUGGCAGAAUCUUUUCAGAAGCUCGAAAAAAUCGGAGAAGGAACCUACGGAGUAGUCUAUAAAGCAAUCGAACGAAACACACAGAGAAUAGUCGCACUAAAGAAAAUCAGACUCGAAAACGAAAACGAAGGAAUACCAGCCACCACAAUAAGAGAAAUAUUGCUUCUCAAAAACAUAAAACAUUCUACAAUUGUAGAACUAAGCGAUGUAAUAUACAAUAAUAACAAAAUGUAUCUUGUUUUCGAAUACAUGGAGCUUGACCUUAGAAGAUACCUGGAUAAACUGUGUGACGAUGGUCGUCUUCCAAGCGAAGAGUUCAUUAGGAAAAUGUCUCAGCAGCUUCUGACCGCAAUGGAAUAUUGCCAUUCAAGAAAUAUUUUCCAUAGAGACCUUAAACCUCAAAACAUACUUGUCGAUCUAAAAGGAAAUAUUAAGCUUGCAGAUUUCGGCCUUGGCAGGGUUGCAGGAAUUCCUUUACGAACAUACACAACUGAGGUAGUGACUCUUUGGUACAGGCCUCCAGAGCUACUCCUUGGUUGUAAAUACUAUGAUGCUUCUGUUGAUGUGUGGAGCGCUGCUUGCAUAAUGGCAGAAGUUGUUCUCAUGAAACCUUUUUUUUCUGGCGACUCUGAGAUAGAUCAGCUCUUCAAGAUAUUCAAGAUCCUUGGCACACCUAGCAAUUCAAAAUGGUCAAAUGUUGAGAACUUUCCUAACUACAAGGCUGAUUUUCCAAUAUGGAGUCCAGUGGAUCUAAAAACAAUCUUCGAAACUUCUCAGGAUUUUAUUGAUCUCAUCUCUCAGAUGCUUGAGUAUGAUCCAAGAGCAAGGAUGUCAGCAAAGGCUGGAUUAUCCCACAGAUAUUUCAAAAAUAUGUCUCCAAUUCUAGAAUAA